GGCCACCGUCCGGCCGCUACCACUCCUCCCCCACCGAACCUUCCUUUUCGCCUUGAGGUGUCGUGUGCCAUCCCUGGGCUCUGCCACCUGCCAGGCGCUUCACCGGGUCGCUUGGCUCUCAACUUCUCAUGUCGCGUCAUCUGCAUGCCACACCCAAUGCCCGCUGCCAACCCUACUUCCAGAUCGAUCCCGCCCCCUCGGAGGACCUGCUUCCCAGACCGCCUUCGCAGGCCAAAGAGCAUUUGAUAACUCCCGUUGAAAUCUUCUUCGACUUUGACCUCUUUCGCGACCGGGCGAAGAGUAUAGGCUUGCCGCCUCAUCCUCAUCGUCGACACCGGCCCUCCAUCGGAGAGGAGGACACCAAAGAUGACUUGGUCUAUCUUGGAAAGAGGAAGCUGGAACCCCCCUGGGAAGAUGCACAUACGAGAAGGGUCAAAUCAAGCGAAGAGAGAGGGGCGUCUUGCAGCCGUCCCGGCCCUCCUUCUGGGUCACCUCGCUCCAAAGUCUUCUCAACGUCAUGUCUCUUCCAGAUUGAGCCCCUUCCGAACAUGUCAGACUAUUGCGAGGAUGACCUCCUCUGGGACACCGACCUGGGUCCUGUCCUAUUAUCCGAGGUCUCAUGCGAGCCUUUGAAAUCAGGCUCAAUCGUUGCGGAGUCGAUGUUGGAACUCUCAGUCUCUAUGUCCUAUGAUGACGGCUCGCAAUGGCAGCCUCUGUGCCUGUUGCCGAUUAUCGACACUAAGAGCCCGAUCCUCCCAACCGAAUCCGAAUGCUGGAGGUCGCCCAAUGGACAAUGGCUCUUUUCAGCACUUCGCCUCGAUCGCGAAGCAAUCAUUCACAUGGAAGCCAAGGCGUCUGUGGCAUCUGGGGGUACGAUCUUGAGCUUGUCUUUGACUGGGACCCUCGGCCCUCAGGUAUCCCUGGCAGAUGAGGGCAAGCUCAGCAAUUUUCCCGUUCUGUCGAUGGCUCACAUCCUCGAUGUAGUAGAAUUGAUGCGUUUCACUAGCCCGCAUUCGGGCAUGGUCGAGGAGGAGCAGAGACGGAGGGGCAUAGAUGCAAGUGCUAUUUAUUCGAACCUUGCCCCCGCCAAGUUCAUCACCAACGGCGAAGCGCAGAGUCCUGGGCUGAGACCUAGACUCUAUCCCUUUCAAGAACGUUCUACUGCGUUUCUCCUCGGUAGAGAAGGUAGGACAUAUGUCAAGGGGAUCCUCGCGGACAUCGCUGAUACAGUCAUGACUCGUAAUGGGCCAUCGGAAGUAGGGAUCUGGUGGGAACCGAUUCGACCCAAUCUUUUCUUCAACGUCUGUACUGGGCAGUUUGCUGCUGACAGCAAAGCAACUCUGACAAGCAACACCAAGGGGGCUCUGCUAGCGGAAGAGAUGGGACUUGGCAAAACCGUCGAGAUCCUCGCCCUGAUUUUGAGCCAUCCUGCCCCUGCAUUUCGCUCAGAGCUCGACUCGUACACCGACGAGGCCACUGACGUGAAUGUACGACCCGUCAAAUCGACUCUGAUAGUAGCUCCAGAGCUCUUGCGGCAACAGUGGAUUGACGAGAUUCACCAGCAUGCGCCUGAUCUGAAAGUGUACUGCUUCCAAGGCCAUGUGAAGGCUUACAAGGAUGUGCCUCUGGGUUCGUCAUGGGAAACCUUCGCCCAGAACUUCGAUGUCGUCGUCGUCUCCUUUGCUGUGCUGCAAAAGGAGAUUGGAGUGGCACUGAAGGAACCGCUUCGUUCACGGCGAAAUCCUCGCAAAUACGAGCGCCCACGAUGCCCGCUAAUUCAGCUCGAAUUCUGGCGAGUCGUCUGCGAUGAGAUACAAAUGGUCAGCAAUACAAGCCAAGCGGGGAGAGUGGUAAGCAUGGUACCCAGAGUCUCGUCCAUCGCUGUGUCAGGAACUCCCUUUCGGAAGCCCAGCGAUAUUGUGUCAUUGAUGCACUUUCUUCGUUUGCGGAUUCCGCAAGCAUUACUCCGACAACCAAUCCCAUGCAGUAUGGCACCCUCACUCUUCACGGCCCUUGGCAUCCUGACCGUUCGCAACAAGAAGGCCGACGUCUCGGCUGAGAUGACACUUCCCAAACAGCAUCGGUACACUGUCCCUAUCGAUUUCACCGCCGUUGAACUGGCCUACUAUGAAGGUCUGUGGGCUCACGCUCUACACGUACUCGGACUGGAUGCUCGUGGCGGACCCCUGCGAGGAGAUUGGCAACUUGAUUCUCACGAAAUGCGCAAUCAACUGUUUCUGCUUCGUCAGGCCUGCACUCACCCUCAAAUAGCUGGGCGGGCGUUGGGCAGCGGGGCCAUGGCUCACGGUAACCUCAGAACAUUGCAAGAGGUGUUGAAUUUCAUGCAGGAGCAGGUUGCCGGAGAGCUUCACAAAGAGCGAAGCAGACUCUUUGCACUGAGCAUCGACCGGAUGACAGUACUUCUGUUAGAUGAGACCCUCGCAUCCAGGCACGACAUAGCCAAGGCAUCACUCGAGAAUCUGCUGAGUCAAUUAGAUGAGCUGCGACAGCAGACAAAGGAUGCUCUUCGAGUAGCGCGCCAUGUCGGCCCAGGCUAUCGUUUCACAAGCCGAGAGGCCUCCUGUCUGGAAGAAGAAUCUUCCGAAUCUCCGAACAGGAGCGUCAGGGAAGCUGCCAGAGUCACACAUGUACAGACUCUUCAACAGAGAUUCCGAGCCUACACGGAACACGCUGCUCGGGCCUCGCACUGGCUCGGUAGUGUACAGUAUCAGUUGAGCGAGCUCAGCAAAGACAUAGAGCAGAGGGAGUAUCUGAAACUAGGAGAGGAUCACGCUUACGAUAGAGCCGAGAAGUACCGAACAGAACUGCUCACCGAGACCCGGGAGGGUGUCGACAAAGCAGUCAAAACUACUCAAGAAGUAUCGAUCAUAUCUGACGAGCUCGAAAGGGUGGAAGACGCGGCACUCUUCGAUGUUUGGGGACCCAAGACCAGAGCAACAUUUGAAUUGGUCCAAAUUGGCAUUCAAUUGCUCAAUCGGAAUACUCAAGUGGUAGUACAAUGGAGGGGAGAAGCACGGAAAGCGCUAUUUACGCCCGUAAAUCGGGAAGUCUCCGAUGAGAAUGCUGAAGAUGAUCAGUACGCCGAAGCUCUUGAGUGCCAGCAUCAAGCAGAGAUCUUGUUGGAAAUGUAUCGGCCUCUGCUGGCACGGAGGCAAGCAAUUCUGACUUCACAGAUUGCGAAUGGUUCGACGGAUCUUCCCAACAGCAUGAAGGACCUGGAGUCGUCUGUCCGAUUUGCCAAGCAACAAAAAAGGCAGGCUGCUCUACGUGGGAAGUCGCCGAGUCUGGCGGCUGAGGUGCAGGAGUGUGAUCUGGAUCCACUUGCAGAGCACGCAAGGUCGCAGCUAGCAAAGUACCGGCGUCUGGCCGAGGAGAUGGGAGGAGUCUCCUUGUCCUCGCUCCCGCAAUCUCAUGCUUUCGGUUCGCUCGUAGAUCUGAUUGCCCGCUUGCGCGAGGUCAGCAACGAAGAAGGAGGUUACCUCAAGGAAGACGGUCUUGCUCAAGACGGUAUGCUAGCUUUGCGCACUAUUUUGAGACGUCAGAGCCGACUCCUCGAGGGUCUGAGAAGGGAGCUGGAUGCCAUGGCCAAGCUUUUCAACCGCCGUGCGGAAUAUUUCAAGCAGCUUCAAGCUCUAAGUGAUGCUCUUCUCGAUGCUGCUGUUCCUUCGGCAGAGCUCGCGUCUAAGCUCGAGGAUCUGGAGCGGAAAAGGGAUGCAGCAGCGCUCGCAACAAAAAACCACGAAAGUAGACUUCGCUACCUAUGUCAUCUAGAGGAAAUCGGCGACGAGGGAAUCGAGAAGGAUUGCGUUAUCUGCCGCGAUCCUAUGGAAAUUGGCUUGUUGUUCAAACGAUGCAGCCAUAGUUGCUGUGCCAAAUGCUUCAAUACCUGGUACAGCUCCAGUCAUACAUGCCCGACUUGCAGGGCUCCUGUACAGGGUCCGAGGGAUUAUCACCGUAUCGUCUACUCGCGAAAGGAGGAGAAUGAUCGUUCCAUUGAGUCACAUCCUUUGGCGGAUUCGCUAGAAGGUGCACGGGCGAAUUCGGCCGCUUUUCGAACGAUCGACAACCGUAUUCGUCUGGAAAUAGAGGGACGUAAGCCAUCUGGCCGCUAUGGCAGUAAACUCGAUAUGCUUACUAAGCAGCUGCUUUACAUCAAUCAGGAGUCGCCUUUGGAGAAAACGAUCAUCUUCUCUGCCUUCAAACGAGGUCUUGAUUUGGUGGCCGAUGCCUUGCGACAAAAUGGCCUGCGCUUCGCUUAUGCGGACAGCAGUGGGAAGAACACCGCCAUCGCUGUUCAAAGCUUCACCACAGGCGACACUAGUAUCUUACUCCUGCACUCGGAGACAACUUCUGCUGGUUUGAACCUUGUGGCGACCAAGAACGUCAUCUUGCUGGAGCCCCUAGUGAACUCCGGGACAGAAAGACAGGCACUGGGCAGAGUGUCGCGCAUCGGUCAAACAAAAGAGACUAAUGUCUUCCUCUACUUUAUCCGGGAAAGUGUCGAAUCAAGAAUUUUGCACUUGGCAGCUGGCCGAGGUCAAAGCUUGUACCUAAUGGACCAAGAAGAGGAGGGCCAGGAGAAAGACUCGGGAGCUCUCAUUGCGGGCCAUGGCGCUGGAUCCGGCAACACAAGGGAGAAGGGUGACUGUAAGUGUAGAGAUGGCGCGAGACUUGUGUGAAUGAAGCUCUGAAGGAACCUUUUGCUCUCGCCUCAGACGUACACACUGUCGAUGAUCUUCUAACUUGCUUCUUUGCAGAACAUGCCGGCCCAGCUCUUGGGCGGACUACCAACAGCGAUCAACACACCUCUGCGGGCUCCAGGAGAGCCAGCGCGCUUUA